CAUGAAUACCGCAGACAACAUUCGAUCUUUAGACAGUGAGUUUACGACCGCAAACGGAAUGACUUCCCAUAUUUUGGAAUAUCCAUCACUAACACUCCCUUCGGCUGAGGAUGAUGUCUUGCCCCUACCUUCUAGGUUGGCUCUGUUUUUCCUGGGUCACUGGUUUUCUAAAAGGGAGAAGAAUGACGCGAAAAGUCUGACGAAGCCUUAUAAAGAAAAAACCUACGGCACCGUGAACAAAUCGGAAACUGAUGAAGAGAAAUGCGUAGGAGAUCGAUGGUCAUCGAUGGAUGACGAAACGUCGCUAAUGAUCACAUACGAUGGGAAUAUGGACAUCAGAAAAGACCAUAAUUCAAUUCGCAAGCGACUAACAGGAUGCUGUUGUUUAGACGUGCUCGGGAUCGUAUACCUCUUCCUUUCUUGUGGCAUGAUGAUUUUCGACCUGGAGGCGUAUGUGCGAUCUUACUGGGGCGUCAAGGAGUACGCUCUCCAUUUCGUCACGUAUACCACCUUCAUCGUCCAGCUCAUGGUCGUACCUUUCUGGUGUCUCUAUACGCGUAUGAAAAACAUCAUGACCUGCAGUCGGAUCCAACGGAGAGUUUCGACUAUGUCUAGAGCUUUCAUUGCACGUCGCAUCAACGUCAUACGUAGAGGGCGCUCCGAAGCGAAGAUUCUGUCAUGGUUUCCUUUCUUGUGCAUCCUAGCGUUGCCCACGAUGACGGGAUGCUUUCGAAUCUUGUACGACUACUUCUUUCGAGUCUGUAAGAGCGAAAGCAUCCAUGGUGAAGUAGGUCACUGGAAUUCACUUCUUGGGUCGGUCAUCUACGGAUGCUUUUGUUAUAUCAUAUACCUGGAGCGCAGAUCAUUCGAAAUCGAAGCACACCAGAUAUUUCGCUACGCCAUAGAGCAGGCGCCGUACCAGAAUGUCGACGCAGUGCUCAGUCGGAUCCGUCACUUCAGCAUACAGUAUAAGAUACUCCGGCGGCAAAUCAGGGCGUGGAUGGCGUUCACCAUUGUGGUUUCAACAUGGGGACUGACUUCUCACAUCACAUGGAAUUACUUGGUGUUCAGCCAGAAGGAUCUCCCCCCUGACGUUCUCCGAACCAUUUACUUUCUCAAUGCCCUGGUCACCACACAGAAGAUCACCUUCAUCGCUGUGCCUUACUUUGCCCUAGGUGGCCUCAACAUGGAUCAUAUCUGGAGGUACUUAAAGGAAGACAUCACACAUUGCAGGGAACACAAGUACAAGAAGUACUGGAAGGCUGUCAUUAUUUACGUCAAAGAUAUAAAUAAGAUGUUUUCAGGUAUUCUGACACCUUCUAUCAUAUCCACUGGUCUCGGCAUCUAUCUUGGAUUGAACCUUACAAAUAGUCAAGAUAUAGGCUUCUGGAUCGGUCCAGCUACAGUCGGCUGUAAUCUGACAAACCACACUGGUUAGUAGACCGCUGAAAAUGUGUCCAACCUUUUGAAAUCAACACGUUAUCACUCAAGAAAAUUUGAAUAAUAUAAACUAUGGAGAGAGGGAAAACAAAGGAAAUAUCCCUCACACAAAAUUCUUGUUCAUGGAUUCAUCAAGAACACAUAACGUGAUCAAACAUAUUUGUACUAGAAGAGCAACCUGAUACUAAUUUGUGACGUAAGAGUAAGGUAUUCUUACUAUCUUCCAGGCAAAUACAAGUAGUAUUGUAGUUAUGAUAGUUAUCUCGAUUAUAACUGGUCUGUUAGGGCUACGAAGUCAGUGCACAGCUCUUCGUGAAAUUAUUGUCCCUUGGUAUUUGGUGUGUGCGUGUGCGUGUGUGUAUGUGUGUACUUACUUGAGUUUGUAUUUGUAUGUGUUGUAUACGCUUUAUCUCAUUUCUCGUUAUUGUCCCUAAUUGGGUACACAAAGAAGUUGCAAAAAUUUCAUUUGAAUUUAUAUGGAGGGGGAUAGAUCGAAUUAAACGGGCAAUAAUGUAUCAGGAUUAUGAGUUUGGAGGAUUAAGAAUUAUUCAUUUUGAAAUGUCUGCUAAAAUACAGCACAUAAUGUGUAUAAAACGUCUUUUAUGUGGAGAGAAAAAUUUGGGAUGGAAAAAGUUUGUGGGUGGUAGAUUUAAAAAAAAAUGUGAUUAUGAUAUAAAACAAAGAUUAAGUUCGUUUUUAGAUAUCUAUAUUUAUGGAAAUGUUGCAAGCAUGGCACGAGACAAAUGAUCUAAAAUAUUUGGAUGGUCAUAUAUGAAUCCAAUUAUUUUUAAUAAUCGGAAUAUAUGUAUAAAUAAAAGAACUAUAUUUGAUAGAUACUUGUUUAAAAAAGGGAUUGUUCAAUUGAAUCACUUUAUUGAGAAAGCUCAUGUCAAGUCUUUUCAAUAUAUUAUGAACCUCGGUAUGAAAGGUGAUAAUUUGCUUAUGAUUAUUGAUAUUUAUGAUGCGAUACCCAGGUUAUGAAAGGAUGAUUCACGGUCAAUACAAUUCCUCGAUUUUGAUGGUACAAGCUAUAAUAUUUAUUUUCAUAUUUUAGGUUAAAAAUACAAUUUUUGGAUGUGGGUUUAAGAACAACUUUUGGUUAUUUUAUAAAAGUACUAAAGCAAAUGAUGAUUGGCAGGUAAGGGAUUUGCCAAAUAAUUAUGAUUUUGUAGAUCAUUAAAACAAAUAUUUGUUAGACAAAGAAUUACUAUACUCAUUAGAAAACAACGAGAGUUUGAAUUUAGAUUAUUGCAUAGAGCCGUAUAAACUGAUGAUCAUCUUCAUAGUUUUGGUUUUGUCGGUGAUAAUUUAUGUUUGUUUUAUAAACAGGAAAUAGAAAGAUAGAAACAUUUAUUUUUAUCCUGCGGGAGCAUUCAAAGGCUAUGGCAGGCUUAAGCACAAGUUUUUGAGUUAGAUGAAAUUAAAGAUUUAGAAUGGCGAGAUAUAUUUUUG